GGCGCUGUGAGGAGGUGCGGGGCGCGUCUCCCCCCUUCGCGCUGUCUGCUUGGAGGUGGCGGUGGGCUGGCGGCCUCCUUGUGCGGCUGCACGAAGACGCACAGAGCCUUUUUUUUGGGGUAAGACCAGGAUGGAAGAGUCCAACGGGGACCUUCCCAUCCAGAGAGACACCAUCCUAUACGAGUUGUGGUGCGAACACGUCACCCUAACAAACCUGUGAGUCUGGUGUGCUCUAAGGGGUGGAACUGCUGAGGUCUUUGGUGGAUUUAACUGACUCUCAGAAGGGGAAGCUGACUCAGUCUCAAGAGAAAGCAGUAAGCUCGCUGGGCAUUUGGAAAACUGUAUUUACAGCUGUUCCUACAUCAAAGACCUCAGUGGAGUGACCGCUCAAAGAUGGGAGAUCAGGAUGCAGGUGAACCCUUUCUGGGGAUAGUGGCUGGUGGUACCACAGACUACGAAGGAGCCCUGCCCUCAGACACGGUGUCACUCAGUGAUUCGGAUUCCGAUGAUUUGGGGUUAGCGGAUGAAGCAGAAGUUGAUACAAUAUCUCCUGAGGAGCCACCUGUAGAUGAUGGGGAUUACAGAUCGGGGGAGACCCCUGACCCACCAAACAGCAGUUACAGAUCUCCUGUCCAGCCAUUCCACCUGAGAGGCAUGAGUUCUACAUUCUCUCUCCGUAGCCAGAGCAUUUUUGAUUGCCUGGAAGAGGCAGCCAAGUUGUCUGUGCCCUCAAUGCCUGAAGAUAAUGUUGUUGAUGGGAGGUUUAAGCGUCCAUUGCCUCUAACCACAGUUUCAGGUAGCAUGGUUCCAGAAAGCCAGGGAAAGCAAGCCAAACCAGUGCAGGCUCCCAAAACCUCUCCUGCAGUGCCGGACUAUGUGGCACACCCAGAGCGCUGGACCAAAUACAGCCUAGAUGGAGUUUCAGAGUCUAGUGACAAGACAAACAGGGCAGCAGCCAUGGAAUUUCUAGAGGGUUUGAAGAAAAGAGGGGAGGAACUAAGCUCAGCUACCCGAGAUAGCUACACCCCAUGCUUCAACCAGGACCCUUCUAGCUGUGGGGCUGGGAGGAUUGUCUUCACCAAACGAGCAAAAAGGGGUGUUGAUGGACUGGAAGAGAGAACAUCAGCAGGGGAGGAUAAGAAACACAUGAAAACAGAUCUGAAAGGAAAAUCUCUUAAGAUGACUGAUGACUUGAAGGAUGAGGAUAAGGUAGAGCUGGGGCACUUAGAUAGUGGAAGUGGAAAGGCAACAGAUGAGGAACGCAUGAUGGCAGGGGACCUGAAUGUAGAAGGUAAGCUUAGUGCAAGGUUUAGUGGAGCAGGUGAAGAGCCACCGGUGGAAACAGUUGGAUUCCAUUGCAGUAAGAAGAAGAACAGGAAAAAUUUCCGACCUAAAGUAGAUGAUGAAGGGGAGGAGGAAGAGUCCUGAAGGAUGGAGCACACUGGAGACAUCCAAGGACUUGUAUUGUCUUUGCGUAUGUUCAGUUUUUCCUCUGACUUCUUUUUCUGGUCUGGAAACCAUGUGACAGCGUUUUGUCGAAUGGUUUGCACUGUAGCCAUUAAGAACUUUUCAUAUUGUUAGAAAUUAAGCUACCUAAAAUAUACUCCAAACUUUUUGUUCAUGAGAAUUCUGUGGGCACAGGAUAAUUGCACCCUACCAGGAGAGAGUAAGGUGUGCUUUGUUUGCCUGAGCAGCUCCCUGGGGCUUGCUCUGGAGCUGAAGCAGCCAAAGAAAAAGAUGCAUUAGCUAAAAGGCUGCAAGGCUUUCUACUAACUCCCAAAUUUAGAACUGUUCCCAAAUUGUUUAGAAUUCUGGAACAAAGAUGAACUCAUUAUGGAGAGAUUUUUAAACAAUGUGAAUGAAACUUAGUCUUCCACUAGAUGUGAUUUCUCCUGGCCCUGUCACAGGGAGGAAACCCCUUUUUUUAACCUUUUUUUUUUCUCUUGUAAUACAUCCUGUCAUUGCCAUUGAGAGUGAGAGUGCAAUGUUGCCCAGUCGUGAGUUUGGAGGGCCCAGGUGGGAACUGGCAAAACCAGUAUUAUUUUAAGGUUGGCUUAGUAUUUGCCUUAUUUAGUGUUACAUGGUAAAGAUUUUAAAAAACAUAAUGUUUCCUGUGGAGAGGUACAACUCUAGAUACAUCCUGGUGAAGAUGUGCUCAGGAUGGCUUCAGUAAAGUCUCACUACGUUGAGCAUAGGUCAGAAUUCGCAACAGCUUCAGUUGGGAAGUUGGGCAGCAGCUUUUCCUCACUGGUGUGAUAUGACAUGAUGAUUCUUGGCCUGCACAUUUGUACGUCCUUUCCAGGUGGCACUGCUUCCACAUAGAUUCCGCGUGUGGAUUUGGUGGGAAUGAGGUAUUUAAACCAGAACUGGACACUUUUGUGUUCUUUGGGAUUCAAUAAACUUUCAGCUGUUGAUUA